AUGUUUGCACCUCGCGUAAAGGUGGCUGGCCGCUGCGCAGGAAGGGGCGCCAGGAAGACGGGCGUCAGCCUCUUCCCACGCCGUCAGGCUCCCAUGACCAUCACAUCGGCGCUGGGUGACUCCUUGGAGGAGUACCUGCAGACCGCGACGUCUGACCCCAACCUACGCCGGCUGAUGACGGCUAUGUCGGAGGCCAUCCGCACCAUCGCCUACAAGGUGCGCACCGCGUCGUGCAGCAGCACCGCCUGCAUCAACACCUUUGGUGACGAGCAGCUGGCGGUGGACCUGCUGGCGGACAAGCUGCUGUUCGAGGCGCUGCGCUACUCCCACGCCUGCAAGUACGCCUGCUCGGAGGAGAACCCCGAGCCCCUGGAUGUGGGUGGUGAGGGCUUCUCCGUGGCCUUUGAUCCCCUGGAUGGCUCCUCCAUCGUGGACACCAACUUCUCCGUGGGCACCAUCUUUGGGGUGUGGCCCGGGGACAAGCUGAAGGACAUCACCGGCCGGCAGCAGGCGGCGGCGGGCAUGGGCAUCUACGGCCCCCGCACUGUCUACUGCAUCGCCCUGGCUGAGGCGCCCGGCUGCCAGGAGUUCCUGCUGCAGGACGACGGCAAGUGGCUGCACGUCAAGGAGACGGAACGCAUUGAGGAGGGCAAGAUCUUCUCCCCCGGCAACCUGAGGGCCACCUUUGACAACGCAGAGUACCAGAAGCUGGUGCAGCACUACGUGCAGGAGCAGUACACCCUGCGGUACACGGGUGGCAUGGUGCCUGACGUCUUCCAGAUCAUCGUCAAGGAGCAGGGCGUGUUCACCAACGUCAUCUCCCCCACCACCAAGGCCAAGCUGCGCAUCCUGUUCGAGGUCGCCCCGCUGGCGCUGCUGGUGGAGAAGGCGGGCGGGCACUCGUCGGCGGACGGCAAGUGUAUCUCCGGCCUGGAUGUCGAGAUCAAGCAGUACGACCAGCGCACCCAGAUCUGCUUUGGCUCGAUCAAGGAGGUGGCCAGGUUCGAGAAGAUGCUGUACGGCAAGUCGGAGCGCUUUGCCAAGGAGGAGCAGCUCGUGGCAUGA